AUUCCAGAGUUUAGCUCAGUGAUGAAAUUCGCACGACAAACCGAACAACACAAUUGAUGUAGACAGAACCAAAGUUUUCUAAGAAUUUUUGCCGCACAAUCUAUCGUUAACAACAUCAAAAUGGACGUGUCAUUGGAUGAUUACAUUCGGGCAAACAAGAGCGUGCCGCAAACAAACAUGUCGCUCGAUGAAUACAUUCACGCAAAAAACAUCAAGCAUCCGGCUCAUUCAUACAACAACCACAACAAUCAGCAUGGUCAAGCCGACGCUGGUCCAUCAAAGUUUGAUCGGUACAAGUACCAAGACGAAGACGACGAAGAAAUGGAUGAAGAUGGAUCCGUCAAGGAAAUGCCGAAAUUGGUGCCAUUUGUGGCAAAGACAAUGCCACCGAAAAAGAAGCCGAUUCAUCAGCGGUUGGGCGAACGUGGUUCAAUUUGCGAAAGCAUCCACACGAGCCAGAUGAAGUUGUACCGAUCAAACCAGUUCAAAGCAAAGAACAGCGUACAAAAACGUUUGGGCAAGGGAUACGUGAACCCAGCCAUCGUGGAACGACAACGCAUCACACUUCACGCACUGAAAUCGUUUGCAAAAGACGAAUCAAAUAUGUUGGUGUCAAACGAUGACCAGGGCCAAAUGUUGCUGAAUGCAUUCGUCAAAGCGAUCAACAUCAACAGCAACGGCAUCACCAACGGCAUCACCAACAAAUUCCACUUCAACAACAACAACCAUGGACGCGAGGCUGAGCCAAAGUACGACAUGAAAAUCCAAAAGGAAAUUUCGUGCUUACAGGGCAAGGAAUUGUACUAUGCUUGUCCAGGUGCCUUUGUCAUCAGUAAUGAUGGCCCAGGGCUACGCGGCAUGGUCAAAGUUCCAUCGCACAAAACCGACAUUUCGUUGAACCAACGCUUUGCUUAGGCCAAAGCUGCAAUCAUUUCACGAUCUCUUUCACGACAUGAUUCAUCCAUCGAUCAAUUAUCGAAUAACGAUUUACUUAUCCUGAACACAGGGACAAAUCAUUUAUUACUUUAGCUAAACUUUUGGCAAUGGAGCCGCAUUGUUUUUUCUCAUAGUAUUAUUUUCCUUCUUCUUCUUCUUCUUUUUUUGUUAACAAACCAAAUAUGCCGCUAUUUAAUGCGCAACAAAAAUGAACGAUACUUAUGUAUUCUAUGAUUGAAAACGUGUUUUACGUUGUAAAGAAUCAAAUCAAUAAAAAAAAUUAAUUGAAACAAA